AUGAUCACAAACAUUUACAACGAUGCUGGAAACAUCAAACGUGCAAAGGUUGCCUUGCGACUUCGCAGUGCAGCUGGUGUCCUUUUCCGCUCGCUGGUUCCGGCGUUAUCACAAGAAGAAUUCUGGCUGGUGGAGAUUACAGAACCAUUACUGGAACAGGGCAUCGACACAACAUGGAGAGCGCGAACCGUUGUUACCAGAACAUCGGCCGGACAACGGAGGUCCCUAGGAGAAGACCUCGACAAUGCGGCUACGAGAUACAAAACACGUGUUGACUGCAUAUCCUCCCCCCAAUCCGUUUUCUUGUCUGAGCUCCGAGAGGGCGCGAGACGUGCGUUUGAUGAGGAGAAAGAGGAAGCCAUGCGCGAGAGGAACAAUAAUAAAUUUCACUUUUCGUCGGAUUCCAAUGCUGCAUGCAGAAGAAGAACUGUUCUGGAAUUUUUCGUUAUCCCAGACCCGUCCGUGUGA